AGUGUAUGACAGUGUUCCGUUGUUGGAAAGCACCCUUUAGCAAGCAAGAAUGUACGCCAUCAAAAAAUCAAUUAGAUCUUUGUUGAAGGUUAGACUCAGAAUGGUAGAAGAAAUUAUUAAUUCCAAUAAUAAACCAAAAAGCAAGACAGCUAGACCUCGUCCGGUAUAUUUGUGGAAUGUAUUAGAUGUACAAAAGUGGCUGAGACGACACUGUAGUGAUUACUAUCAAAUAUAUCAUGAAAAAUUUUUGUAUCAUGAUAUUACUGGAAGAGUAUUAUUAAGAAUAAAUGAAAGUAUCUUGUUAAGACUUGGUAUUGAUAAUAAACAGCACAGGAUGGAAAUAUGGAGAGAAAUAAUAAAACUGCGUCUGAAGACAGAUAUGUUAGAGAUUAAGGAUAUUGAGAGACGCAAUAAUAUAAAUUUUGACUAAAAUAUUACAAUAUAUAUAUAUAUAUAUAUGUAUAUAUUGAGAAUCUCUUCUGUAUCAAAAAAUGCUAUUAAUAACUAAUUUGAAAAUUAACAAUAUAUAUAUAUAUUUAUUUACUUA